UAUACGCACACCGCCAUAUAUAAGUAGAUUGACUAUUUACAUUAACCUUAAAAACAUAAAAACAUAUUAUUCAGGACGUUUCAAAUAAAGGGACGAUUUUUGUAGAAGAGCCUGUCUGAGAAGUUAAUCUUAAAAACAUUAGAAGUAUUUCGUUCAAAAUGUUGAAAAACGUAGGAACUGAAACAAUGGAGAAACGCGUGAUAGUAAUAUUGGAAAACGCACAUUUGGAGACCGUUAAAGUCGGCGAGAAAUUUCAACUUUUGAACCCCUGUGAUCACUCAAACAUACUUGAAAAGAAUGGAAGAGAUCCAGAAUCUUGCAGACCGGAUAUAACACAUCUUUGUUUAUUAACAUUAUUUGAUAGUCCUUUAAAUAGAGCUAGUAUGCUUCAAGUAUACGUAAGAACUAUAAAUAAUAUACUCAUUGAAUUUAACCCAGAAACGAGGAUACCAAGAACCUUCAAGAGAUUCGCUGGAUUGAUGGUGCAACUUCUGCAUAAGAUGUCCAUAAAAGAUGAAAAUGGACAUAAACUAAUUAAAGUCAUAAAAAAUGACAUAGAGGCACAUCUUCCUAGGGAGGCUAGGAAAAUAGGAGUAUCACCAGAAUUCGAACUGAUGAAAAAUACAAAAGAGCUAGUUCCUGAGGGUGAAAAUCCAAUUGUAAUUGUCUUAGGAUCACAAGAAAAAUUAAAGUAUGUUAAUGAAAAUUAUUCUCUCAGCAAUUAUCCUUUAACUGAUUAUUCAUCAUGUUCAAUGAUAUGCUCAACAUUUGAAGAAGCUUGGGGUAUUUUAUGAAGAUUGUUGUUAUAAAUUGUAUAUAUUUCUCUUGUAUUGUAUAUAAAUUGUAUCAAACCUU